AUGAUAGAAGCAGCCCCGAAUUCCUGCACUCAACUAGAAGCCGAAGGCGAAUCAUUCAAGAGAUCAAUCGACAAAUUCAUCCUAAAACCGGAACGACGGAAACAACACAGACAGUCUAGUCAACUUCUACAUACUAAUAACAAUCAUUCAAACGACAAUCAACCGUUAUCUACUACAGAUAUGGAGAAUUUGAUUGUCACAUCAACUCCUGCUAUUCCUUCUGAUUCUUCAGACAAUCAAUCCAUGUAUGCGUAUGAAAGAAUGCUGUUAACCACGGACAUUAUACAUAAACGAGCGCACAGCAACAUCUACAAUAACACCAAUAUGCUGCCCGCACAACGACCCUCAUUGCCCCCGCAUUCAUACAGCGAACCCAACUGCCAGUCGAGAUACUCCGGCUCUGAUGCUAUCAAUAAAGAAAAUUUCUGUUCACCGUCAAAUCAUCUGUUUCCUCACUCAUAUCCAAAUCCAUCUGUUGCCGUUGAAUCAUCCACUCCCGGUAUACAACAACAAGCUAGCACACCAAUAGAGCAUUCUGAUUGUUCUCAACAGCGACAGCAAUUGUCAAGUCUCGCCCGAUUGAAAACUAAUUUCUCAUCAGAUCAAUCGCAAUCGGUCCAAUUGAAAAAAUCACAGCAUCAGAAAGUGGCAUCUGACGAAGAUGCACUGGCUACAUUACCCAGUCCAGCUACUUCAGUCGUAGAUUUGCCGACCACUCACCAUAUUCGGCACGUGCGGAAGCAGACAUCAACGGAGAAUAACGCGCACUAUCCACAUCACUUGGCUUCGUCUCGCACGCAUUCAUCACCAUUGAGCGAGCAACUUUUUAGCAAUAGUGGCAACCACUACAACCAUGUCAAUAACGAUUUGACACAUAUUGCUCUUGCUAAUCGAUUGGCUCGUUAUAAUUUGCCGAGUAACACUGAGAUGAUUGGUCGCUUUGCCAUAACCAAAGGCAAAAUUGGUGAAGGAUCGUUCUCGCAAGUACAGUUGGCACUCGAUUUGGCAAAUGGAGAAGAAGUAGCUAUAAAGAUGACAUCAACGAAGGGGAUGCAAGACAAUGACCCUCUGCGAGUAUGCGUGCAGCGCGAAAUAGAGAUUUUGAGAUCCAUCGAUUAUCCAUCUAUAGUCAAAUUGAUUGACACAGUCGACACACCAACUCACGUCUGCUUGAUUAUGGAGUAUGUUCCGGGUGGAGAGUUAUUCGAAUAUGUGGCCGAUUAUUAUGAUCAGACGGACGAAAAUGACGCUCGUCGUAUAUUCGUUCAGUUGUUGGACGUUGUCUCCUACCUUCACAACAAUAACAUUGUUCAUCGAGACCUAAAAUUGGAAAACAUUCUUCUCGAUCGUAAGACGCCAUCUCCGGAUGGACCGAAAAUAAAACUUACCGAUUUUGGACUAGCCCGGUUCAUAGACCCGGCAUGUCCGCAUCUAACUACUAGAUGCGGAUCGGAAGAAUAUGCUGCGCCGGAGAUUAUCAUGGCAAAACCGUAUGACGGGAGACAGACGGAUAUGUGGGCAUUGGGUAUUGUGUUGUAUGCUUUACUUGUUGGUUAUCUGCCGUUUAACCUGGAGCGAGGGCAGACGAGAGGGCACUUCUUUGGGAAGAUAGCGCGUGCCGACUACAAAUUUCCGUCCGAUAAAGAAGCAGGAAGGAGAGGAAAUAUUAGUCGAAAUGCAAAAGAUUUAGUAAAUAGGUUAUUACAACCUAAUCCGCAAAGGAGAGCGACGCUUGAAAAUGUUAGGCAGCAUGUAUGGUUAACGGAAUUCGUUGACUUGGAAUGA